CCUUACACCGCCAUGUCCGUCACCACCGUCCCCACCAAGCCCUUCGACGGCCAGAAGCCGGGCACCAGCGGCCUGCGCAAGCGCACGGCCGUGUUCGAAAAGUCGCCGCACUACACCGAGAACUUCAUCCAGGCCACGCUCGACUCGUUCCCUGGCGGCGUGCAGGGCGCCGCGCUCGUCGUCGGCGGCGACGGGCGCUACUUCAGCGUGCCCGCCAUCCAGCGCAUCAUCCGCGUGUGCGCCGGCAACGGCGUCGCGCGCCUCAUCGUCGGGCAGCACGGCAUCCUCUCGACGCCGGCGGUGAGCCACCUGAUCCGCCUGCACAAGACAAAGGGCGGCAUCCUCCUCACCGCCAGCCACAACCCGGGCGGCCCCGACGCCGACUUUGGCAUCAAGGCCAACCUCUCGUCGGGCCAGCCGGCCGGCGAGAAUGUGACCAACGCCAUCUAUGAGAAGACCAAGACGAUCUCCGAGUACAGGAUCGUCGAGGGCGAGGAUGUCGACGUCUCCAAGAUCGGCGAGACCAAGUUUGGCGCCAUGGAGAUCGCCGUCGUCGACUCGGUGGCCGACUACCUGGCGUAUCUCGGCGAGAUCUUCUCCUUCCCGCUCAUCAAGGAGUUCCUGCAGCAGGGCGACUUCACGGUGCGCUUCGACGCGCUGCACGGCGUCACCGGCCCGUACGGCCGCGCGCUCUUCGUCGACACGUUCGGCCUGCCCGAGUCGUCGAUCCAGAACUGCGUGCCGUCGCCGACGUUCAACGGCGGCCACCCGGACCCGAACCUGACGUACGCCAAGUCGGUCGUCGACGCCGUGGAGAAGGAGGGCCUGAGCUUCGGCGCCGCGAGCGACGGCGACGGCGACCGCAACAUGAUCAUCGGCAAGGGCGCCUUUGUGAACCCGAGCGACAGCGUGGCCAUCAUCGCCGACUGGGCGGAGAAGGCCAUCCCGUACUUCCAGAAGGGCGGCGUCAAGGGCCUGGCGCGCUCGAUGCCCACCAGCGGCGCGCUCGACCGCGUCGCCAAGGCGCACAACCUGCCCUUCUUUGAGGUGCCCACCGGCUGGAAGUUCUUCGGCAACCUCAUGGACGCCGGCAAGCUCUCCAUCUGCGGCGAGGAGAGCUUCGGCACGGGCUCGGACCACAUCCGGGAGAAGGACGGUCUCUGGGCCGUGGUCGCGUGGCUCUCAAUCAUGGCCAUGGCCAACAAGGAGAAGCCGGGCACCUCGGUGCAGGACGUGCUGCAGGCGCACUACCAGAAGUACGGACGCAACUUCUUCUCGCGCUACGACUACGAGGAGGUCGAGAGCGCCGGCGCGCAGGCGCUCAUGGACGCGCUUGCCCAGAAGUUUGCCGACCCGUCCUUUGCGGGCACCAAGCUGGGCAGCUUCGAGGUGGCCAAGGGCGACGAGUUCAGCUACACCGACCCCGUCGACGGCAGCGUGUCGCUGCACCAGGGCCACAUGAUCACGUUCACGGACGGCUCGCGCAUCAUCUUCCGCCUCUCGGGCACGGGCUCUGCCGGCGCCACCAUCCGCCUGUACGUCGAGAAGUACUCGCAGGACCCGUCCGAGUACGCGGCCGACGCGCAGGUCGGCCUGAAGCCACUCAUCGACGAGGCGCUCAAGCUCUCCGAGCUCGAGAAGUACACCGGCCGCUCGAAGCCGACGGUCAUCACCUAGAUUCCCUGGCCCGCCUUGCGGCCACGUCUCAGCCCAGCGUCACGAGAACAUCAAUUACAUCAGAUCGAAGCACCUUAUCGGGUCUGUGCGCUGCGGCUGCUACAGCAGCAUCGCACCAUCUAUGAGAGGAAGAAGCGAGCUCGGAAGGACACGCGCAUCACGCGCGCGGGAGAAGGCUGCGCAUGCGCGAGGAG